AAGCUUUGCCUCAAUAUCUCCAAUGGCCGCUUCGAUCUCUAGCGCUGUCAUUCCCUUGUCCAGGCUCCAAGUCCAGGCUGACUUCCAAUCCUACAACAAAUCCCCAGCACCGUUGUCCCGCGCCCAUAGUAAGUCUCUAUCUAUAGCCAAAGAAUUGACUACAAGAAAAUAUACUACAUGCCAGGUCUUGUCCGAAUCCAACUCGUCCCUGUCAUCGAUGAUCGCAGAGCUCGAGAGGGAACGAGUACGAGUUGACGGAGACGAAGGACUACAAGAAGUUGACGAGGUGCAUCUCGAAGAAUCGACCGAAGCAGGAUUAGCUGAUGUUUGGCGCGACAUCCACGGCGAAGACGACUGGGUUGGGCUUCUUGACCCCAUGGAUACACUUCUCCGCUCAGAACUGAUUCGCUACGGCGAAAUGGCUCAAGCCUGCUACGACGCUUUAUUACGACCCUUUUCCAAGUGCUGCGGAAGCUGCCGAUUCACCCGUCGCACGUUCUUCGAGUCCUUGGGUAUGACUCAACUCGGCUACGACGUCACGCGCUACCUCUACGCCACCGCUCACAUCGACCUCCCCAACUUCUUCAAGAAGUCCCUAAACCCUAGAAUGUGGAGCAACAACGCCAACUGGGCAGGAUACGUCGCCGUCUCUGACGACCAGACCACCAAACGACUUGGUCGCAGAGACAUAACAAUUGCGUGGAGAGGAACAGUGACCCGGUUGGAAUGGAUCGCGGACUUGAUGGAUUUCCUCAAACCCAUCUCCGGCAACAAAAUCCCCUGCCCGGACCAAUCCGUGAAAGUCGAAUCUGGUUUCGUGGAUCUUUACACCUCGAAGGACGGUGCGUGCCGGUUCUGUAAAUACUCGGCGAGGGAGCAGAUCUUGACGGAGGUAAAGCGGUUGCUGGAAAUGUACAGAGACGAGGAACUGAGCAUAACGAUCACGGGGCACAGCCUGGGGAGCGCGUUGGCUAUAUUGAGCGCUUACGACAUAGUCGAGACGGGGUUGAACGUGAAGAAGGAUAGCAGAGCAGUGCCGGUUUCGGUGUUUUCAUUUUCGGGUCCGAGAGUGGGGAACGUGAGGUUCAGGGAGAGGUUGGAGUGGCUGGGAGUGAAGGUUCUGAGGGUGUUCAAUGAGCACGAUAUUGUGCCCAAGUCACCUGGGUUUCUGUUCAACGAGCAGGUGCCGUCGAUGGUGAUGAAGUUGGCCGAGGCUUUGCCGUGGAGCUAUUCACAUGUCGGGGUGGAGUUCCGGUUGGACCACCACAACUCGCCGUUUCUGAAGCCCACCAACGAUCCUGUUUGUGCCCAUAACUUAGAGGCUCUCUUGCAUUUGCUUGACGGAUACCACGGAAGAGGGCGGAGAUUUGUGCUAGCGAGCGGGAGGGACCCUGCACUGGUGAACAAGGCAUGCGACUUCUUGAAAGAUCAUUACUUGGUGCCGCCAAGCUGGAGGCAAGACGAGAACAAGGGCAUGAUCAAGAACAGGGACGGACGGUGGAUGCAGCCUGAACGCCCUAAACUUGACGAUCAUCCUCACGAUAUUCAUCAUCAUCUCUCCCAAUUAGGCCUUGCUUCCUCUGAUGUUUGAACACUGGCAUCAACCCCCGCGCAUGUACACUUUACCCUCUGCAUGUAAUUUUCAAACAAGUGUCUGCCUCAGUCAACAUUGUACAGAGUAUAAACCUACCAAGGAAUAUAAUAAUGCCACUAGCUCCUGGAUCACGUUUUGAUUUUUGUUUAAUGGUUGUUGAACUUAUCUGAUGUCUCAAUCAAUACACAUCGGUGGUUCCUAUUUAAAAA